UGGAUGAGCUCGAAGAACACAUGCUUGCAUUCGAAUAUGAAGGCAUUAACAAUACGUCAAAUGAUCCAGCAGUUGGAAAAUCCAGCGAUAAAGGUACACAUUCAAUCGUUGAAGGUAGAUCGACUGGACCUCCAGCAGUUUCGAUAGUGGCGCGUCGUCGUACGAGUUUAAAUUUAUCCCAACAAGAAACUGUACCACAAGAUGCCGACCAUGCCCGGGGAG